AUGUUCCAAUAUUUGGGCCUUGCAGUCUUCGCAAAAGGGGCCCGUUCGAACCCGGCAGCGCAGCAGCACGGGACAACUCGUCCUCCCUCCCUCUUCCUUUUCGGCUCUCCCCAUUCCCCAAUCUCCCAAUCCCAAUCCCCGCCCAAAACCCUCGCAUCCGCCCUCCAUGGCGCCGCCACCGGAGCUGAUCUCCGCCCAAAACCGCCCCCUCGCUCGCUUCGUCCCCACCACGGCGUUCCGCCCGCCCGCCUCCACCGACCACCGCACCUCCGUCGUGCUCGACUGCCGCCACGGCCGCGCCCUCCUCUCGACUACAGAUCCUCGGAGUUCGUCGUGUGGGAUCCCGUCACAGGCCGCGAGCGGCGGAUCCCCGACGACGUGCCCGAUCGCUACACGAACCACGUGGUGCUCUGCGCCGCGGGCGCCGGCUGCGACCACAGCGCCUGCAGCGGGGGGCCGUUCCUCAUGGCCUCCGCGGGCGUGCACGUCAUGGACUUGGUGCAGGCGGACGCUCGCUUGUACUCGUCUGAGACCGGCGUGCGGAGGGGACCGGACGGCAUCUACCUCGAUUACAACGAUGGCCAGUUCGAUGAGGACUGCUCAUACAGCCUCGAGGCUGAUCGGCCCGGCGUGCUUGUUGGGGGCACGCUCUACUUCGUCUGCCAGUCGGGUGCCCUGCUGCGGUACGGCUUUCUGGGUAAGCAGAACCUGUCGCUGAUCAAGCCGCCUCCCGGCAAAUUUCAUGGAAGGGGCACCAUUGUCACGAGGGCGGAGAACGGCGGGCUGGGAUUGGCCACCUUGGGUCGUGACGUGCUCCACCUGUGGUCGACUGAGACCGGUCCUAAUGGAGAUGUCAAAUGGGUGAAGAUGAACGACAUCCAUCUCCAGAAGCUGAUGCCUUUCAAGAGCCCAGCACGUUUGAUUGGAUCCACUGAAGACACCAAUGUUGUUUUUGUGACCUCAGAUGACCAUGGCAUCUUCACUAUUGAGCUCAAGUCAUUGCUGACGAGGAAGGUGUGCGAGAUGGGCAAGGUCAAGGAUUUUUUUCCUUACGUCUGCUACUACACUCCAGCUGCUUGUGCUAGAGGCACGUUGCCAGCACCUGUGGGUCCUCAGUGAUCUUCGACAAACCAUUUGAGGAUAUGAGUUGGUAUCAAGAGGUACUUUUUGGUGACUGAGAUGCGGAAAUGGAUUAUUUGCUGUAGGUUCUUCCAUUCUGUAUGCUGUGCACGGGGCCUGUGAUGUGCUCCAGAAGGAAACUGGCUCUGUGUGUGUCAUGCCCUGGUGAAAUGGUUUGUGAACUUGUAACACAUGCCCUGGUGAACUGUAACUGGGAAUUUAAUCUUCUAAGCCAUGAACUUCCGUCUAUUGUCUGAUUUCUGUAGACAUUAUUCCAACUGGCACGAAGAGAAAUUAACUUGCUUCUGUCUAAUGAAUUAGUUUUAGCCCUGUCAGCUAAACCUGCAGUUCAUUUGCUCCAUGCUGUCGAAACAAGCAAGUUGAUCUUGCCUAUAUUUCGUGUUCAUAAAAUAUAUCUUUUCAGUGUCUUGUGCUUACGAGCCA